AUGAGCGACUGCUCUAAUAUUUCUACAAGAGCUCGUCAGUCAAAAUCUCAAGCUCAGCAGCGGAGGCAAUUGGAAAACUUCGAGUUUUCGCAGCUUGCUCAUGAACUUCCAUUGGCUCGAGCUAUCAGCGGUCAACAUAUUGACAAAACUACAAUGGUCCGUCUUGCAUUGUCAUACAUAAAGCUCAACAAGAUUUUCGAGCCAAUUGUGAAAAAUGAGCUUCCCGAUCUAAAUUAUUACUACGGAUUUGACAUAAGUUGGCUAUCGAAUCACUUGGAGCAUUUUGAUGGAUUCUUUAUAAUACUUGACGCCAAAUGUGAUAUGCUGUAUAUCAGCGAGACGAUCAGCAUUUAUUUGGGACUUUCGCAAGUUGAAAUGACUGGAAUUUCAAUCUACGAUUACAUUCAUGAGCAAGACAUUGAAUGUUUCAAUAAUGCGAUUCGCUAUUCUGCUCCGAAUUGGCCUCAAAUGUGCAAUAUUCGUUUGAAAUCAUCGCUAACGAAACGAUCAAAUAAGGACACAAUUCGAUCAUCUCCCGGAUAUAAGGUGAUUCGAGUGGAGGUCACAAACUUCGCGCCGAAUGUUCGACUCAUCGCCUGCUAUCCGUUGCCAACACCAGUUCUUUCGACAAUUACCGUCUCGCAGUCCUAUUUUGUCAUCAUAACUAGCAUUGAUUUCCGAAUCACGUAUGCUGAUGACAGGGCUCAACAAUUACUGACAAGCUGUUAUUUAUCAGAUAUCAAAGGAUUCUCAUUAUAUUUGUUCAUUGAUGUUUCGGAUUCAGAAUUGAUCCGAAAAAUGCAUUAUGAAAUCUUCAAUCUCGGCGCCUACCGUACCCCAUAUUACCGCAUGAUUCUGAAUCAGACAAGUACGACAUUUUACGUCGAGACCAAUGUUUUUCGAUACACAAGUUCUUCGCCGAGAAACUACCAGGACUCAAUCACAUUUGUCACAUCGAUUCUUUAA